ACGUUUCUACAUAAACUCAAUUCUUCACUCUUUUAAAUGUCUCUCAACAGAUUUUCUCUCUCUAACAUGCAAGUUUCUUCGGUGUCCAUUUCAAUGGAUUCGUGUUCUUGAUUCCUUCAAUUUCAGUCUCAGAUUCUUCUCCCUCCUUUUGAUUUCUUCGUCACUUUUGCCUUCGUUGAUUGAUUGGGGGAGGAAGAAGAAGACGAGCAGGCGACUAUGAAGAACGACGAACAAGUUCGGACUCUGUUUGGGAUUUCCCUCACCGAGCGCCCUAAAUGGCACCAGUUUCUCAUUUGCUCUUCUGGAUUUUUCUUUGGCUACUUAGUUAAUGGCAUCUGUGAGGAAUAUGUAUAUAACAAGCUGCAAUUCAGUUAUGGAUGGUACUUCACAUUUAUUCAAGGAUUUGUGUAUCUUUUUCUGAUUUAUCUCCAAGGAUUCACUGCCAAGCAAAUGGUUAAUCCUUGGAAGACUUAUGUAAAGCUUUCUGCUGUGUUGAUGGGUUCCCAUGGCCUCACCAAAGGAUCUUUGGCUUUUCUUAACUAUCCUGCUCAGCUUAUGUUCAAAUCUACUAAGGUUUUGCCCGUGAUGAUAAUGGGCGCAUUCAUACCCGGCCUUAGACGAAAGUAUCCAGCUCACGAAUAUGUUUCGGCUGUACUUUUGGUUGUGGGUUUGAUCAUCUUCACAUUAGCAGAUGCACAAACAUCUCCGAACUUCAGUAUUCUCGGUGUGAUCAUGAUAUCGGGCGCUCUAAUCAUGGAUUCGUUUCUUGGUAAUUUGCAAGAAGCCAUCUUUACCAUGAAUCCCGAAACGACACAGAUGGAGAUGCUGUUUUGUUCGACUGUCGUUGGCUUGCCUUUCUUGAUCCCGCCCAUGCUUUUGACAGGAGAAUUGUUUAAAGCAUGGACUUCAUGUUCUCAGCACAAAUACGUAUACGGAGUGUUGGUUUUUGAAGCCAUGGCGACCUACAUCGGCCAAGUCUCUGUUCUUUCACUCAUUGCCCUAUUUGGGGCAGCUACCACAGCCAUGAUAACAACAGCUAGAAAGGCAGUGACAUUAUUGCUAUCUUACUUGAUAUUCACAAAGCCAUUAAGUGAACAACAUGCGACAGGUCUACUACUUAUAGGUAUGGGGAUCACACUGAAGCUCUUACCCGAUUACAAGCCGAAAAACAGAGCUUUUCCGAGUACCGAGAGUUCAAGACCUGCUAACAUUGACAAUGAAAUGGCAGCACAUCAAAUAAGAAGCGAAAAAGAUGAAGAAAGAAGGCCAUUGGUUUAAAUUAGGAUCCCAUUUUAUUGUUCUUAUUUUCCAACUUUCAAUUUAUAAAUGCAAGAUAUUACCUAAGAUUUUCCUGUCU